AUGGAGUCGGAAUCAAUCAAGGUGAUGAAUCAAGACAUGGUCAAAUUGGACCGAUUCGACAGGAACAAUUUCUCUCGCUGGCAAGACAAGAUGAUGUUUCUUCUUACAGCAUUGAAGAUCUCCUACAUUCUCAAACCCAAUCUGCAGCCCAUAGAAGAUCCAAAACCAAGUGCAGACGGCAAACAACCUACUGAGGAGGAAAUAGAAGAAAUCAAAAAGCAAAAGGCAAAACGGGAGGAAGAUGAAGUAUUGUGUCGCGGUCACAUUCUGAACACACUUUCGGACCGAUUAUAUGAUCUUUUCACGAGGAUAAAGUCGGCAAGGAAGAUCUGGAACGCAUUGGAAUUUAAAUACAAAGCCGAGGAGGAAGGUACAAACAAGUAUUUAAUUGCAAAAUAUCUAGAAUAUAAAAUGGUUGAUGACAAGUCUGUCCUAGAGCAAGUUCAUGAAUUGGAGGUUCUGGUUAAUAAGAUUCAUGUUCUCAAAAUAGUUAUUCCAGAGUCUUUUCAAGUUGCUGCAAUUAUUGCAAAACUACCAUCAACUUGGAAAGAUUACUCCACCGAUUCCAGGUUCAGGCUAAAGAGAAAGGGUUUCUGGGAAAAUUUGAAGCGGAUGGUCCUCGCUGCUUCAGUGUACUUUGUCAGGCAAGAAAGAAAUCUAAGAAUUUUUCAAAGCAAAAAUAGGCAGGUUGAAGAUUUGUUCACUGCAAUCAAGUUCUCAGUCUUUACAAAGAUCAUGAAUGAAGAUUACCCAGCUCACAUAAGGGAAAGAAUCAGAGAAUUAUAA